UCCAGGUCAGAACAACGAAGCAAAGACCACUGGAAAGAAGUCCAUCUCUGCAGCCAACACUCUGCACCUCCUGGAAGAUCUUCACCAUGACACGGUCACCGAUGUCGGUCAUCUUCGCCGUAGCACUGUUUUUUGAGUGCUACGCUCUGGCAGCGGCUCUGCCCAUGGGCCAGACCGACGACGGCUCCUUGGAGCGGGAUACUUUCGUCUCGCUGCUGAGCAACGAGGCACCAGAAAACGCCCUGGUCGAAGCAGACGUGGCAGCAGCGGGCAAAAGCAGAGGGCAGAGGGUAAUCGUCAUCGCCGAUCCAAGCCUGUGGAGGGACCUGCGGGGGCUGCACAGCGGACUGACCGUCUACAAGCGGAGAGCUGACGACAACGGCCAGGACCCGAACAUCCCCAUUCUGAGGAGGGACACUAUGAGGUGCAUGGUCGGGCGGGUGUAUCGGCCCUGCUGGGAAGUCUAGGAGAGCCCGAACAGCGACCGACUGUCAUCCUUUCGUGCCCUUCAGCGAGUUGCAACAUCAUUGUGUCCAUAUUGAAUUCAUUGCAGAUCUGAAAAAUAAAACUCCUGAAUUCUGCCUUA